UCCUCCACCACCAACUCCUCCUCCUCCUCUCCACCACCACCACCACCACCACCACCAACAACAACUCCUCCUCCUCCCUCUCUGUCUCUGUCUCUCUCUCUAACAUUCCUCGCCUCUGUUGGAACCUCCUGCAAUCUAUCCUUUGAUGGCAUCGCAGGAUAGAGGUAGGCCAUUGCCGAAGUUUGGGGAGUGGGAUGUAAAUAAUCCAGCAUCAGCAGAUGGAUUUACAGUCAUAUUUGCCAAGGCUAGAGAUGAGAAGAAAACCACUGGCACAGCCGCCAACGGAGCACCUUCAUCACAGAGGAACGACAAUCAGCCAAGACAUGAUCAAAAUUAUCAUCAUCCCCCUAUGGGGAAGAAGUGGUUUUGCUGUUUCUGAAGCCUUUGCUGAUUUUUCAAGAUAGUAGUUCAUCUGUGCCUGUUGUUUGAGACCAAGAAGCGGAGAAGGAGAUGUGGUUAUGUUUCAUUUCUUUUCUUUUCUAUUUCUUUUUAAUAUCUUGUAUCUUCUUCAUUUAUAUAAUUAAUGUUUAGGAAAGCUGCCAAAGACAUUCAAACCUAUAUUGUCUUGUGUGGUUGGGAAUCUCUCUCUCAGUAGUUCUCAGAUUUUUCAAUUCUAUUUAAGUUGACACACUA